GGCAGGUGUUCCUACAUUGACGUAUUAGUAACAGUAUUAGCCGGUUGAAAGCACCGCAAUGGGCAAAAAGAACAAGAAGCAGGCAACCGUAUUGGCAGCGGAGCCAGUUCCAGCGGCCGAUGAUGUUGAUGCGCAAGUUGCAGAGCGUCCCCGCCAGCAGUCGAUAGAUCGAAGCUUGGAGGUGUUUCUCUGGCUCUUGGUCUAUAGUGUUCUCAUGUUCACGUUGCCCUUCCUGGGCUUUUUUGGAGUGCAGAGCUGGCUGCAAGAAUCCUUCCCCGCACUGAGCGUCUUCGAACGCAAUUGCUAUUCCGUGCUGACCGCCGUCUUGGUGGUCAACGCUGUGGUGGCUCUCUACGUGCUGAAGGCAUUCCGCGAAAAGGAUGCGCCUACAGUGGAGCAGGAUGAAGCUGAGCAGAAGAAGGACCAGUAACAUAGUGUUCAAGCAACUAAAAUAAAAGUACAUUUAACACUCUUUUAAA